AUACAAAAGUAUUUCCGUGUCUGACGUGUGUAGUACGCCUCUUUCCGACAGAAAGACGCUUUCCAGCACUAUCAGCUGUUGUGACUGAAAUCGCAAAAAAAACAGCCGUCUUCGAGUUUGCCGGCUAUUCAAAUCGUAGGCAAAACAAAUCAUAGAGAAUACAUUUGCUGAAACAUAGCCAUGCGGUUGGCACGCCGUUGGAUCAUUGGGUCUACGUGCCUGAUACUCUUGUGGCUGCUGCAUUUUGUCUACUGGGACUUAGUCGAGGUGUUUGACAUUGAACAAUCGGAAUCCUCGGCGCCUAUUGAGCUGCUGUGGUGGACGCGGCACAUGCCCUGGGUUUACGACGAAGUGCGACAAUGCGGCGUCUUCGAGUGUCGCGUUACCAACAAGCGAAAGCGAUUGGCCUCUGCGCGGGCUGUUCUCUUCUAUGGAACGUUUCUAGAGACGGGAGACUUUCCCCUGCCACGCAGCCUCCAGCACUCGUGGGCUCUGCUGCACGAGGAGUCGCCCAAGAAUGUGGCCUACGCUCCCUUUGAUGACUUCCUGCAGCAUUUCAACUUCACCUCCACCUUUAGCCGCUUCAGUGAUCUCCCCCUCACGACCCAGUGGCUUCCCAGUGCCCACGACCUCAUCUCGAUGGACUACACAAUGUCGUUCGACUUCAAGUCCUCGAAUCUAAACGUGGCCUCGCCAUCGGUUGUGUUCCUGAACAGCGACUGCGAUACCAUGUCCGGCCGCGAGCACUAUAUGAAGGAGCUGAUGCGGCACAUCAAUGUGGAUUCAUUUGGGAGUUGCCUGCACAACAAAGAUCUGCCCGCGAGCCUGCAAAUGGAUUAUAUGGACAAUCUGUAUUCGCCGAAGUUGCUGCGAUUUCUCUCAAGAUACAAAUUCAUGAUUGCCAUCGAGAAUGCCGUGUGCGAGGACUACAUCACCGAAAAGUUCUGGCGUCCCUUGGUUGUGGGCGUGAUUCCCAUUUACUUUGGUUCGCCCAGCAUUAAAGACUGGCAGCCGCAAAAGAAAACUGCGAUAUUUGUCAACGACUUUCCCAAUGCCGCCGCCUUGGGCAGGUAUCUGAUGGACUUGUCCGAGAACAAAACAGAAUAUGACUCCUUUCGCGGUCACAAACUCAAUCGCAGCCAUCCGAUACAAAACGAAAAGUUACUCCACAAUUUGAUCACUUAUCCGUAUCACAUGGGCGACCCCACGCCUGAGGGUUCGCUCAUCCAAGUGUUCGAGUGUGCCGUCUGCAAAUAUGCGACGUAUCGCGGGCCCAUCAGGCGUGCCAAUGCGCGCCACUACAACUGCCCUUUGGUGCCGAUCUAUGCGCCGCUGGAGAGCAAGAAGGAGCCGAACAGUUUGGCUCACUGGCGUUCGGCGAUGAAGGUGGGACAGUGCCAGUCCCGCAUCUUGAAAACCUUCUUUAGCUCAAAUAAGCCCUACAGCGAGGCGGAAUUUGCGGCAGAACUUAAUCCCAGAAUUGCCGACGAUCGAUGUUAGACUCUACAAAAGUUUCAUUGAUUGGACAUGCAUUGCAGGAUAUGACAUUUUGGCUCCUAAAAUGACACCAAAAAUAUUAUCCAUCGAUACGUAAGGCUUUAGUUUUAAGUUGACCUAAUAUGUGAUAAACCUAACAAUAAAUUAAGCAUCCAAGAUGCUGAAGUA